AUGGGAGCAAUGUUGAAAAACUUAAAAACAAAGUUAAAAGAGUGGAGAAAGAAGGAAAAGGAAAAGGAGGAAAAGGAAGUAAUGCAUGCAAAGAAAAGGGUGGAUGAGAUAGAACAAAGGGCCGAGAAAAGAAAACUGAAAGAUGAGGAGAAGGAGGAAAGAAUUAGGGGAAGACUUGUCAUUCGGAACUAUGAAAAACAAAAAAUAGCAGAUAUAAAGCAAAAGGCGAAGUUUAAUUGGGCAAAGUUGGGGGAUGAAAAUUCGGGGUUCUUUCAUAGAAUUGUAAACUGUCGAAAAGCAAGAAAUAGGAUAAAUAAAAUCUUAAUAGAAGGGAAGACGAUUAACGAGCCAAAAGAAGUCAAAACGAGUAUUAUGAAGGUCUUUAUGAAGUUGUUCGAGGAGCCCAUGAAGAAAAGACCAGUUAUGGAUACGAGGGGAUUCAAGAGAUUAAAAGAAGUAGAAGCAAGAUUAUUGGUGGAAAGUUUUACGAGUAAAGAAACAAAAGAGGCAAUAUGGGCAUGUGGUGGUGAGGAUAAGUCACCGGGACCUGAUGGGAUAACGUUCAAAUUCAUAAAGAAAUACUGGGUGCAGCUCGAACCAACUAUAAUGAAGAUCUUAAGACAAUUCCAUGGUCGGCCAAGUAUUCCGGUAGGGUGCAAUGCAUUGUUCAUCGCCUUAAUACCAGAGUACGUGAUCCGUCAAUGGUUAAACAUUUUCGACCCAUUUCGCUAA